UAUUUUUUCCAAUUUGAAUAAGCCUUUGCUUUCCAGACCCAGGAAAAUAGAAUCUGUAGUUUUGGAUUUGGUUUGUGUAAAGCAAAGUAGAAGACGCGAAAAUCUAUUAUAUGAUUUCGUCAACCACUGCCAAAGCCACUAGCUUGAGCAAAGAGUGCGAAAUGGAGAAAGAAGAUAAAGGGAAAGACAAGGAAGAGGAGAAACUAUGCAAGAGGUGCAAGCAGACGUAUACUUCCUCCUCUAAUGCCGCCUCCGCUUGCCGGUUCCAUCCUUCCUUCUUCGUCUGUCGCCAUCAUGAUGACCAGAAAAGGUACUACGAAUUGGGACCUAACGAUCCACCAUAUGCUGCCAAAUUUUAUGACUGUUGCGGGGCCGAGCAUCCUGAGGCGUCUGGCUGCACCACCAGUUUUCAUGUUUCGUAUGAUGAUUGAUGUAACGUUUCUCCUUAACACCUAGAUUCUGACUGGAUUAAACUUGUAUAUAUUUGCAUAUUUCCUCCCUAGCUAAUUAUUACUCUUCACAUAUACUUUUCAGUUUUGUGUCUCCAUGAAUGUAUCAUGCAAUAAUUGCUUUAGUUAGAGCAAUAAAUAAUGUUUAAUGCCUUUAAUUUGGUAUUAGGUGCUCCCAAUUUUUCAUUUGAGGAUGGCUUGUGCUUUACUCAAAUGGUUGGGAUUUGCAAGGAGCAAUUUCCACGUGGCUAUAUUUUAGGUGGAUUCUUAUA